AUGGGGGGACACAAGUGCCUCCCGAGCCUCACCCCCGACCCCGACCUCGACCCCAGCCCGGGUCUGAGGCGCUCUCGCAGCCCCUCCUUCGGGAAGCUCCCCCCCAUAGAGGUCUCCUAUACCCCCACCCCUCUACAAGCCCCUCACCUUUGGGGAGCUCCCCCCAUAGGGGUCUCCUAUACCCCCGCCCCUCUACAAGCCCCUCACCUUCGGGGAGCUCUCCCCCAUAGGGGUCUCUUCCCACCCCCACCCCUCUACAAGCCUCCCCUCAUUUGGGGAUCUCCCCCAGAGGGGUCUCAUCCCCCGCCCCUCUACCAGCCCCCCUCCUUCGCGGUCUCCCCGCAACCCCCGCCUCACUCACCGCCGCAGUCGGGGCCGGGCCGGGGCGGGAGGCGGGCCGGGCCGGGCCGGGCCGGGCCGGGGACUCAGCGCCGCCGCUCCCGCCGCUCCCGCUGCUCCCGCCGCCGCCGCCGCCGCCGCCUCCAGCCGAGCGAGCCGCCGCCGAGCGAGCGCGGGCACGGGCGGGCGCGGGGGGCGCGGGCGCGGGCACGGGCGCGCGCCCCCGCGGCUGCUGCGGCCAAGCCGGGCGGGGGCGAGAGCGAGCGGCCGGGUGGGGGGGAAGAGGGCGGGGAGGAGCGGCGGCCACCUGCGCUCGGGCUCCCCCCGCGGGCCCUGGCGGCGCUGCAGCCCGCCCCGCCCCCCUCCGCUCCUCCUCCCGCCCCGCCCCCGCCCGAACCCAGACCUGGGAACCCAGAGCCGCUGGGCCCGAGAGGGAGCGGCGGGGGCGGAGCCUGGAGCCAGCGCCGGACACUGGCCUGGGCCUUGCUGCCCAGUGGUCAGGACCACAGCUCAGGCCAACGGGCUGCAACGGAGCCAUUCAGCAGCAAACACCCACUAAGCACCUGCUAUGUGCAGGGCUCAGAGGGGCCUGAGCAAACUGCCAUUGAGGAGCCCCAGAUCAACCCGGGACAUAAACCGGGACCCAGGAAGCCCCUGCCCCACGAAGGAGUCCCAGUCUUCGUUGCUCUCUGCAGCGGCACCUUACAAUGGCCUUUCGGCUGCGUUAAUAAGUAG